CAAGGGCUUUAUUUUUCCUAAUGGCCAGGAAGGGUAUGGAGGCUUGCAGACAGGCUGGGGGGGGGGUUUUGUUUGCGUGCUCUCAAGGCUUUGUAUAGGCUGUCAAGGCUGUAUACCAACCAUACCCCUAUGUGUCGCCCCCCCAAGGGGACCCGUCGUAGAAGAAAAAGCUGUGCCCCCAAUACGAUGGUUGGUCUACAUGUUUUCCAUUUCGAAUGGCUAACUUGGCCGUCUAUCACUUUUUUUUUGUUUCUUUAAUUUUCUUCUCUUCCCCAUCUGUUCGAAUAUCUCCUCACCACCACACAACAUGAGGUACGUGGCGCGGUUGGUCCCCUGCGGCACAAUAUGUCCAACAUCCCACGAAAUAAUGCUCGGCUGGGAUAAGAAAGGUACGUACAGUAGCAAGUCAAGGUAGUUAUCAAGCCCUGCUCGCCACCAUCGCGGCUUUUAGUAGGUUAUUUUCCCUCCACAAGUUCCGAUUUCCCCCCCAUCCACGCCCCCCAAAUAAACAACCGCCUGCCUUCCCGUCCAUCCGUCCGUUCCCCACGCCAAAAAAAAAGGACAGCCGAAUUUUGGGCACGGUCUCUUUUCCUUAAACCAGACUACGGGAACUAAAGCAUAAGCAUAACAUCGUCUGCACCCAAGCUUUGUUAUAGGGCUUGACAUAUUUUUUUCCCUGGUCCCUGGGCCCUUUUUUUCUUCAAAUCGGACCGGACGCUCCGCAAAGCCUACCGUUACGUUACACAGGCACUAGAACACCUUCCACUCCCAUACCUAGCCUUCCAGGUCUAAACCAGGGGUAGGAUGCAUGGUUGGUUCGCAGGAUCCUUCUAAAGCUUUGUCCCUUUUUAUCCUUCUCUUUUGGCCAUCAUUGGAGGUAGGUAUUCGGUUCUUGUCCUUCCAUUGUCCUUUGAGAUCAAGAUAGGUCUGAACGUCGCACAGACACACAUCUGGGCAGAAGGACCUUUUGGACAUCAUGAGUUCCCCCGUCAACAUGUCAGACCCCACGGCGGUGGCGGCCAUGAUGGCGGAGCAGGCGGCGCAGAUGGCGGCCGUCAAGUCGUUCAACAUCGAGGCCUUUACCUUGAUGGUCAUUGGGCUUAUGGCAACAUCGUUGAGGACGUACUCGCGGGCCACGACCGUUGGCUUUUCCAACUUUCAGGCCGACGACUACCUCGUCUGGGUUGGCACGGUGGGUCAUUGUUUCGAAACUGGUCUGGCUUUCUCGGUUGGUGAACACGCACAUGGCCUCGCCAACGAUGCCAUGACCCCGGAGCAGAGGGCGGCUCUGAGCCCCGACAGUCCCGAAUAUCAGAUGCGCGUCCUCGGCUCCAAGAUCCAAUUGUGGGGAUGGUCGACUUAUGCGACCCUCUUGUGGUGUCUGAAAGCAUCCAUGUGCACAUUUUUCCUGCGCUUGACGGACGGACUUCACAUUUACAAGAUGAGAAUCUACAUUGGCUUCGGCUUCAUCGUCGCCUCUUGGCUUGCGCUCGGCCUGACGCUGCUUACCAGCUGUCGGCCGUUCCACGAGUACUGGCAGAUCAACCCUGACCCUGGACGAUACUGCCACCCUGCCGUGUCGCCCGCCAUCGUCUGGACCUUCCUGGCCAUGAACGUCAGCACCGAUCUGUACCUCAUCUCGAUCCCGAUGCCCCUGCUGUUCACGGCCAACGUGACAUGGCGGAAGCGCGUCGCCCUCGUGAGCGUGUUUUGCUGCGGUCUCUUUGUCACGGCCGCCGCCAUCCUGCGAGUCAUACUCAUUGUCAGCGACUCCAAAAACGGCGCCUUCCUCGCCGGAUCCUGGGCGGUGCGCGAGACCUUCGUCGCCGUGAUAACCACCAACAUGCCGAUGCUGUUCCCGCUGUUCCGGCGCUGGAUGAACCCGUGCCUGGGCCGCAUCUCGUCGCGCAUCGGCACGUACGGAUACCGCGGCAAGUCGACGGGGGCCUCGUCGCGCAACCUGCCGCCGCACCAGCGCGCCAUCCAGACCGUCGGCAAGCAGCGCAUGCGCAAGCAGCAGCAGAGCCUGAACCACAUCACCAACCUGAGCGUGACCUACGCCAACGAGUCCGAGGAGCGCAUCUACGAGCUGCACACCGUCGGCGCCACCGCCCCCGCCGGCACCGGCGUUGUGACCGAGAUCAUUGGCGGCGAGGGCAAGGACGACAAGGGCGUCGUCACCCGCGGCCACCACCGCCACCACCACGACGACGACGACGCCCACGGCGAGGAGCAGGACCGCAUCAGCGACCUCAGCAGCGAGCUGUCGUCGUCGUCGCCCGUCCCCGGCAUCGGCAUCCAGAGGCGCGUCGAGAUCGUCGUCGAGGAGGAGCAGACGGACCUCCCCUCGGGCGCCAGUGGCAACUUUGUCGCCGUGUCGAGCGGCGGUGGGCCCGCCUCGGCCGGCACCGGCAGCGGGAGGAACAGGAGCAGCACCGUCGAGAGCAGGGGCCCCGGCGCCGCCCGGACUAGUUACUUUGCCGACCACGUCAAGUCGGAGAACUACAAGCGGAUAUGAUUGCGCCCAAGAGGUUGGGUUUGUGGCGUGUAUGAGAAAGGAAAUGAAAAGCAAUAAACGAACAAAACUAUGGGUGGCGAAAUGUCGGUUUACACUGUACAAGACUGUCAAAUUAAUAAUUACAAUCUGGAAGAAUAUCUAUAUCCAGAUUAUAAUAGACACAAGAACUAGAACUAGACUAGACUAGAACUAGUAUACGCAAAAUCUAUGACCUAGCAUCUGGCAAUGUUGCG